GGUACGGGGUCCUUGUGUAGUGCCAUAUUGAAGGUCAAGAUGCGCAGAGAAGUGUGGCAAUGUGCAACACUCUGUGGGAUUCUGACAUGGAUUCUAAUGGCUUCUUAUCUCAAUCUGACCCCAAAGCUUCGAUCUUUGCUGCAACCCUGGGUGGCCCACCACUUCAUCACAGGCACGCCCCUCAUCCUCCAGAUCCAGAAUUACCAGAAUAGGUUCUUGGAUGCUUUCUUCUUUGCCUUGUCAUGUGUUGUUUCUGUGCCUUUCUACACUGCAUUUCUUCCUUUGCUUUUCUGGAGUGGGCAUGGCAAAUUGGCAAGGCAAAUGACCCUCUUGAUGGCUUUUUGUGAUUACUUGGGGAACUGUAUAAAGGAUGUGGUAUCAGCUCUUAGACCGAGUUGCCCUCCGGUUAGGAGAAUAACAGCGACAAGAGAUGAGGAGGAUAAUGCAUUGGAAUAUGGAUUGCCAUCUUCUCACACUCUAAACACAGUUUGCUUGUCUAG